UGCACCACCCCAGGAGUCCAACAGCACAGAAAGAAAACACUGAGCUUAGAGCGCACCCCUGAGUGUCCAAGUAAAGACAAAAACGUAUGAGGAAUCUGCUGCUGGGAUGCUGGCUGUGAUGACAGAGGAGUCUUGCUGGUCUCCUUAACUUUCUAAGUUUGUGAAAACAAACUCUUUUGCGAUUUCUUAUUCACAGACUUUAGGAUUAUAUGGAUAUAAGCAGCUGACUUUGAGUGAAUGCAUGUGUGGACACUUAUAGACUAAGAAGAUGAGUUCCAGAAGGCUGAUGAACUAUUCGCUCUCGUGUGAUGGAAGGGGUUACUACGGUGGCAGUGAUAUCAGCUCUCAGAAUAGAAGGGCUGGGUUAGGAGCUACCUGAGCAGUGUUCGAUCUGAAAGCAGGAGCAGUGUCAUGGCCCAAUUAACUGUGGAGAUACAGCCAACAUUUGAGACCACAUUAAAAUCCAAAGCUGUGUCUGAAGACACUGUGUGAUCUCAGGUAUCCCAUCAAAGCAAGUGAAUCCAUUAUGGAACAUUAUUAAAGUUGUCCAAACUUCCUGUUCACCAGUCUUUAAUUUUAACGGUCACGUUUACAGGGUACCCAGUCCCUGAGGUGAUAUGGUACAAAGAUGAUAUACAGCUGGACCGAUACUGUGGCCUUCCCAAAUAUGAAAUUUCACGUGAUGACAAGACACACACACUCCAAAUAUACAACUGUACUCUGGAGGAUGCUGCAAUUUACCAAGCAUCAGCACAGAACAGUCGAGGAAUCAUGUCAUGUUCAGGAGUGUUGGAGGUGGGAACAAUUAGUGAGUACAAGAGUCAUCAAAAUUGCUUUGCAAAGCUUAAACAGCGAAACAAGAACCGCCGUCAUGAACAGGAGGAGCCCCGCAAUACAGGCAAAGAGAAUGUCCCAGCAGCUCUCGAAAACAACAAGAUGAGCAGUCCUGAAAGAGCCCAAAGGAAACGUAGGUCCCCCAUGGAGACCAGAGGGGCUGUCAGCCCUUCAGAGGUGAAAGCCAUGGAGGUGGAUGCUCUCAGUCAAACACCUCCAGUUCAAGUGUCAGCAGCAGCAUCUGUUCAUGGAAUCUCCAGCUCUGAAAUUAUCACAAACAGAGACAAAGACGGCCAGGGACUAACAUAUAUCCAUGAUACUGUGCAGAAUGCCUCCAGCAAACAGACUACUGAGCAUUACAUCAAGAAGAAGAUCAAAAUCCCAACCGAUGCAACCGAGAGAAUUAAGAAAAACAGACUGCCUGGAAGAAGGGAAGAGACGAUGAAUGAGAGUGGGGCUUCCAUUGAGAAGAUGGAAGUACAGAACACGGUCGCUCAGAUCACCUCUGUGACUGAAGAUGGAAACAAAAUGGACACAACAGAA